AUUUCUUUCCAUCAUCCAAACCAUGACGACCAGUAGGUUCUUACCCAUCGUCUGCACCGUGGCCGUGCUGCUGCUCGGUGCCUCCGGCGAGCAAUGCGGGGAGCAGAACAACGGUGCUCUGUGCCCUAAUGGUCUCUGCUGCAGCGAGUACGGCUGGUGCGGCAACACGGCGGCUUACUGCUGCAAUGGUUGUCAGAGCCAAUGUAAAUGCCCCUCUCCUCCACCUCCAUCGCCCUCCCCUCCACCUCCAACGCCCACCCCUCCAUCUCCGGGCGGCGGCGUGGCAGACAUCAUCAGUGCCUCCCUGUUCGAAGAAAUGCUGAAGUAUAGAAACAACGAUGCCUGCCCUGCAAAGGGUUUCUUCACAUACAACGCCUUCAUAUCCGCCGCCAACUCCUUCGCCGGAUUCGGGACGACCGGUGACAUGGAGACCCGGAAGCAGGAGAUUGCUGCCUUCCUGGGUCAGACUUCUCAAGAGACUACUGGUUGGUGGGCAGGCCAGCCAUAUGCCUGGGGUUACUGCUUCAAAGAAGAAAAUUCCGCUUCUGAUUACUGCGUCGCCAACGCUCAAUGGCCGUGCGUCGAGGGUCAAAGUUACCACGGCCGUGGCCCGAUUCAACUCAGCUACAAUUACAAUUAUGGCCCUGCCGGGGAAGCUCUAGGGUUGGACCUCCUCAGCAACGCAGACUUGGUCGCUAAUGACGCAUUGGUCUCCUUUAAAACGGCCAUUUGGUUCUGGAUGACCCCGCAGUAUGAUAAACCCUCGGCACAUAAUGUGAUAACUAAGAACUGGAAACCGUCCGAUAACGAUAUCCAGGCUGGAAGACUUCCCGGAUACGGUGUCAUCACCAAUAUCAUUAAUGGAGGUAUUGAGUGUGGACGUGGUUUCAAUCAAGCGGUUUUCAACCGGAUUGGAUACUAUAAGAGAUACUGCGACUUAUUCGAGGUGGGUUACGGCGAUAAUCUAGACUGCUAUAAUCAGAAACCUUUUGGUGUUAGCCACGCGGAGUUUCAACAACUGCAGACCUUUUAAAACUAGAUCGCCAGAUAAUGGCGAUAGAUAUAUAUCGUAAUGAAUAAAUCUGUGGCUCUGAUGUAUGUCGUGGUUAUUAUGCUAGUAGCUAUGUUGUAAUAAAUGUUGAUGAAUAAAUUUGGUAAUGUGAGAAUAUUAAAUAAUUAAA